AUGUGUUACUUUAUCCUGCGUUUUAUCUUGGUCAUUCUGAUGUGUAUCGCUAUCUAUGCCAUGACGCUUAUUUAUUCAUUAGAUAUCAAUAUUACAGAUGCCUUUGGAAAGUUCGGAUUAAAUGGAUGGUAUCAUUGGACCGUAGAAGAACAAUGGGCAGUUACCUAUGCACAAAACUUUAUGUUGAUCUCCUUUGUUUGGUACCUUGCAUGCAUAUCUCCUUCUUUCCUUCAUAGAACAUGUUCUCUUAUUGAAUUUGUGCCCUUUAGAAACCGAGUUUGGGUGGGUGCAUUUUUCUUGACGGUGAUUUUGCAAUUUUGUUUCUGUGCUGUUUCACUGGCUCAUGGACCCUUUGAGUUUUCAAAGAUUCCUUGGUUUGUUUACUUUUUAGGCUUUGCUUGGCCCAUUGUAUUGAUACCUGUACAAGAACUCGUAAAAAUGCACGAUAACAAGGAAUUCACAAGAUUUCAAAAGAGAUCUAAACUUGAAUUCAGCACAAAGCUUGGUAUGCAUUCGCCAUUGUAA